AUGUCUGACUUAGAGGAUGAUUUAUUGGCUUUAGCUGGAGGAGAUGAUAACGAUUACGAAUCUGAAGAAGAUGUCACUUCAAGUAAAAGAAAGACAAAAAGUUAUAACGAAGAGGAAGAAAGUGAUGAGGACCAAGUAUUGUCAAAACGUCGAAGAGUAGAUACAUCAGAUUUUGAAAUUGAAGAUUAUGGGGAUGAUCAAGCAGAUGAGAAAGCGGAAGCUGAAGAAGAAUUAAUUAAUCCUUAUCCUCUUGAUGGGAAAUAUAAAGAUGAACAAGAUCGUGAUGAACUAGAAUCUAUGGAUGAAAUGCAAAGAGAACAGAUCUUGUUCGAUAGAUCUCAAGAAAUGGAAAGAUAUAAUGAAAAGAAGUAUUUGGCACAAAGAAUGAAACAGCAAAGGAAACUAGCAGAACCUGCCACUAAGGCAUCUCGUGCUUCCAAUCGAACAAAGACCACUACUAAACCUGAUAAGAUGGAUAAAUUUUCAGAAUUGAGAAAGCAACGUGAACAGCGUUCUAGAAGAAAAACAACUGAUGAUUAUGAAGAAGAGCUGGAUGAAGAAGAGGAAGAAGAUAAUGAUCUUGCAUUAUCUGAAGAUGAAGAAGAGGAAUAUGAUGAUUAUGAUGCUGAAACUGUUACUUGGGGAGGAGUUUCGAAAUCUAAGCCAAAGAGAAACAUUGAGCCUGCCAAAUUAGCUGAUAUUAAUCGUGUUAAGAUGGGUCGUACUGUUUUGACCCAAUAUUGUUUCUAUUCUGAUUUUAAUGUUGUUGUGUUGGAUACGUAUGGUAAGAUCAAUUUAGGAAUGGAUAAAAGAACUAGACGUCCAAUAUAUAGAAUGGUUAAGAUAAUCGAUGUCAAAUCAAUACCAGAAAAGGCAUAUCGAUUAAAUAAUUCUAAAUGUGACUUGUUCCUAACUGUGAGUCAAAACCGUAAUCAAACCAAAGACUUCCCAAUUAGCAUUUUUUCAGAUUCACCACUUGAACAAGAAGAUUUUGAUAGAUACUUGGCUGAAUUGAAAAAGACUGGAGAAUCAAUUGAUUAUUUAGAGGAUGUUAAUGAAAAAUUCCAACAAUUGCAAGUGUUCUUCAAUAGAGGACUUAGUGAUAAAGAUGUUAACGAAAUGAUUGCCAGAAAGAAGAAACUUCAAGAACUGAAAGGUGUAUCGUCAAAUGAUAUUUCUGGUUAUGAUGCUGUUACUCAAAAGGCUAAAUUAAUGGAUGAAUUAAAGAUUGCAAAACAAGAAAACAAUUUGAAUAGAAUUAGAGAUUUGAUUUCCAAAUUAAAGAGAAUAGAUCAAAUAUUAAUUGGACAACCUAAUGCAAAAGCCAGUAGUGAAUCUUCAAGUGGUAUGUCAAAGGUUAAUGAAAGAAAUAGGAAAUUAAAUGCUGCUAAUAUCAGAAAAGCAGAAGUAAAAUCAAGAAAUACAUUACAAGUUAACGAUGGUGGAGACCCAUUCUCUCGUUUGAAAACUGUUACUAGGAUGUUUUAUCAAGAUUUGAUUAAUCAAGAAAAUGAAAAGGCCUUGAAGGAUAUAAAUUAUGAAAAAUUAUUACAAGAAAAGAGUAAGCAAGAAGAAAAGAUUGCCAAAUCCACUUAUAGAGAUUUGGGUGAGAUGGACAAGUUGAUCAAUAGUAUUGAUAUUGAUAUUGAUAUUAGUUGGUAA